GGUCGGAUUAGAGAAUUUACCAAACACACGGAUUCGAAAAGACAGGUGUUUUUAUCGUAACAUCAAGUCGGAUUGAUUCUGAAGAAAUGCAUACCAUCGUAUCAUGGUUUUAGUUCUUUGAGUCCAGUUGAAUUAGUAAUCGACAAAGCAACACCAGCACUUUUUUCCCUGAUCACAACAUCGAUGAUAAAGUUGAAAAUGAUGUCAUUUGUGCGUCAUCAUGUCCUCGCGUGGUUCUUCUGCAAGAGCGUUGUCGUGUCUGUCUCCGUAUCGGCGGGCCGUGUUGGGCGUUGUUUGUCGGACUGUCGUACUGAGAAGGACACCAUGGGUGAUAUUCACGUGAGUAAUGCUGCGCUGUGGGGCGCGCAGACCCAACGGUCUGUAGAGAACUUUGUCAUUGGCGACGACGAGAUGCCGACGGAAUUGAUCCGCGCGUUUGCUAUUCAAAAGAAGGCGUGCGCGUUGGCGAACCAGGAGGUUCUGGGUCGCGAUAUCAGCGGCGCGAUUCAGCAAGCGGCGGACCAAGUCAUUUUGGGUGGCAAGCACUUCGAACAGUUCCCGCUUGUCGUGUACCAAACGGGAAGUGGCACGCAAACCAACAUGAACGUGAAUGAAGUGUUGGCCAACGUAGCGAACGAAAUUCUUGGUUACGACAGACAAAAUUUUUCAAAAAACGAGAGUUGUAGAUGACUUGUAGAAAUUCUUACUAGGAUGAGGGUCAUAGAGAUCGAUAAGGUUCAGCUUCAGGCUUCGCUAGAUACUGUUUAACCAGCAGCUACUACAGGUUAGAUUUGUCAUUUUCAAAACCUUAACCUUAUAACUUUGACCUAGUUUUACUUUUCACAUUGCAACUCUUACUUCCAGCACUUGUUGUUAUCAAUCAUGUUAACCUGUGGUAGCCGUCAAGGACGAGGUUGUCUAUGUCCAUCUAAUCUUUCGCACCAAAGAGAGGAACGCAAUCACCUGUGCAUCCAAACGACCAUGUAAACCGUGGUCAAUCGACAAAUGAUUCUUUUCCCACUGCCAUGCACAUCGCGGCUGUGCUGAGCGUCCUGAAGAGGAUGCUCCCGGGUCUCGCACACCUCGAGAAGGCCUUGCGUGCAAAGGAGGAGGAGUUUGCAGGUGUUGUAAAGUUAAGAAUCCAACCGUUUUGGUUUUCUUUCAGCACGUGGUAGGGAGGAGUUCGCUUGAUGAGAAAUCCAGGACGAAAUACGUAUGCUAUUGCUGCUACUUCCAGAGUUUUUUCUUGGGAAUGGGAACACGAUUUUUCUAAAAAAGUCGUAACCGUAAUGUCCUUAGCUAAAGAGAUCUUCCUUUUAGGAUUUUCUUUCUAAGAGAAAUCGGUCGUACGCAUAUGCAAGACGCUACGCCACUCACUUUAGGGCAAGAGUUUGGUGCAUGGGCCGAACAGGUGAAGCUCGGCUCAGAUCGACUCCUUGCGGUCCUGGAUCGUCUUUACGCUCUUCCACAAGGUGGCACCGCAGUGGGCACUGGCCUGAAUCAAGUGGAGGUAUCUAUGUAUUAUAAUUCGAUCGUGCUGCUGGCGGUGUACAAGUCAGCAGGAAUACAAAGAUUAGUAGUUGUUUUCAAGAAGAAAAGCACAACAGCACUGAUGAAUUGGUGUCGUGCUUGACGACACGUCUCUUGAAGAUACAAAGCUUCGAUUUAUUGUCUCCGUUUUGAUUUGUUUUUAUUCAAUGAAGAGGAGAUGAAUGAUAUCCAUUCCGUUCGAAUAAAAGCACGCACUGGAACAAAACUACCGAGUAAGGCCAUGACGAUAAGUUUUUCGUGACAUGCUAUGCCACCGUAUCUUCACGUGAUGCAGAUGAGAGAAAAAUUCAGGGUUUCGACACUCGUUUUGCGCGCUACGUUGCAGAAAUUACGGGUGUCGACGGAUUUCGGACUAAUCGGAACAAGUUUGAGGGCAUUUCAGCGCAUGAUGCCAUGGUCGAGCUUGCUAGCGUUCAAAAUGUCAUCCUACGGAUAGGGUCCUCUACUGGAGUAACACGUCUGUUUUUGUUGAAGAAAUUUCAGCAGGUCGUCAUGGACCAAUCGGUUUUCAUAAUCAAAACAAAAUGUUGACACUAAAGAACACUCCGGGUCUUCCUGGAUUCAUCUGCUCUCACUUCUUUUCAUACAUAAUAUAUAAUCUUUAUUCACGUCUUGUUUUUUGGUUCUUUUCCUAUUGGGUUGGCUCCACCACUACUAUUUUAUCCACUCUUCAAACCUUGAAGGCUUCAGAAAACUCAAUCUAUUUCUAAUGUUUGCGACGAGUUUCAUGAAGAUAGCGAACGACGUACGCUUGUUGUCUAGUGGUCCGACGGGCGGGCUUGGCGAGAUCUGGCUUCCAGCAAACGAACCGGGGUCAAGCAUCAUGCCUGGCAAGGUGAAUCCAACGCAGGCAGAAGCGAUGAGUAUGGUCGCAGCACAAGUCAUGUUAAGGCUUGGAAGUUGACAUCUCUGUAAGCAUAUCUAUGACUUUUCAAGUACGAAAGUCAUGAUAGAUGUGCGACCUGGAUCGGUCAACUGGCAACCCCUAAUCCUGGGCAAUGCCGUCGCGGUAUCCGUCGCAAAUUCACACGGCCAUCUGGAUUUGCAAGCCUUCAAGCCGGUGAUCAUUUUCAACGUGCUGAAGUCGAGCAACCUUCUCUUAAGGCUUGUUCUGCGGCUAUUCGUCUUCUCGAGAUGUUCUAAGUAUGUAUAUUUUGUUCGUGGUGCGUGUUCUUGAGCUUUUUUUUUGUUCUUAUGUCAUCUGAGCUCUAACUCAUGCUGACGUUGCUUACUCAUUUGCUGACAAGUGCGUGGUUGGAAUCGUUCCGAACCUGCCUAAAGUCCAAGAGCACCUCGACAAGAAUCUCAUGCUGGUCACUGCCCUCAACCCAGUGAUCGGUUACGAGAAAGCCGCGGACGUCGCCAAGACAGCACUCAAGCAGGGGAAGAGCCUCAAGCAGGUCGCGGUCUACGACAAAGCCUAUCUCACGGCAGACCAGUUCGAUCUAUACGUGGUGCCAGCAGACAUGAUCAGGCCUAAGUCAGCUAGUCGUAAGGGUGAGGAGCUCUAGUUUACAGAUUUAGGCUGAAAAAAACAAAUUUAUGGAUAAGGUGAAGCGAAGCAGACAUGAUCACAUCAAGAAUACCUGUAGCUGCAUAGCGAUAGCGUCGGGUAAGAAAAAGAAGGUCAAGACUGUAACUCAUUUGAUUAACAACAUCGAGCGAGCAAGAGAACCACAUUACUAGACGUAAGGGCCCGGCAACACUCCCGCC